UUCAACUAUUCAAAAAUGGACAUUUCCACUUCAUCGUAGUAGUAUGUACAUAAUUUGUCUUUAAUUUUAUUCUAUAGCUUAGGAUUUGUAUUAAAUAAGUAUUUAAAAUGUUAGGAAAACGUUACAUUAAGGGAACAAAAACAAGCGUCUUUCGCUUUCGUGUUAAUAACUGAAAUGUUUCUGCAGGGUCGUGUUAUAAUUGUUUGGUUAUCUUGGCUUAUAGGAGGUAUUUGCGGAGUUGUUAUUUUGUUAGUUAUAAUUUGUUACUGCCGCCUAAUGCCGCGUCAUCAGAAAUCGUUUGAUGAGCAAUACCUUAAGGAAAAUUAUGCAAUCAAAGAAAAUCAUGCAUAUACUAGUCAGGAAAAUUAUAGGAUGAAACAUGCUGAGGUACAGAUCCAGCGACACACUCGCCCUGUGAGCUACGCGGGCGACGCGGGGUGUCGCGGUGGGCGCGCGGCGCACGGGUACGUCAACCGCGUGCCCGACGCAAGGGAACAGUGUGUGCAGUACGCUUCUAGCAGCAUGUUGGAUGAAAUAGACAACGCGGCAAACAUAGACGCUCUGAAGACGAGGUCGCUGCCUGCCUUCCUCCGACCCAAGCCACGACCACUGUCCACAGAAGACGACCUGCAACAACUUUAUGCUAAGGUGAAUUUAAGCAAGAAAUACAAGAACCGCAUGCGCAAUGAACACGCGGCGAUCAUCGCGCUUAGCAAAUCCCACAGUCAGUUCUUUGAUGCAGACGCCGUCAUCGUCUACGACCAGAGAACAGCACUUUAGGAGGUACAGCGGACAAACAGACGAAUAGCACGAAAAGGCAAAUGUAUUGAUUUGAGUCUCGAAAUUUUAGUCAUCGAAUUGAUGGACUGGUAAUUAAGAAAUUUUACUGCAGUCCUUGAAUUUAUGUUUAAGAAAAUUUAACGAAAUAUUACUUGUUAUAGACAAAUAUACAACAUGAUUAGGACAAUUUUAUUAUGAAAAUGAAUAGCAAAAUUAUUUUAUAGGCUUCAGUUAAAAUUUAAUACGGCGCGGCCUAAUAGCCGGGAACCCGAUAUGAAAAAUAUUAAUUUGGAAAUCAGUUGCAUUUAGGACAAAAAAAGACUUAAAGAAAUUGUACAAUAAUGAGAAGCCUAUAUCUAGCUAGACCAAAAACCUCACUAAUCCUAAAAGGGAUCAACAAGGGCUUAUAAUAAUGACUAUACUGCCCACCAAGCGCAUUUAAGUAUUUAAUCCAAACGGGAACAUCACAUUAGCGCACAAGUUUUAUACUAGGACUUUUAGCCAAAAGACCGCGGUCUCAGUAGACUAGUAGACCAUUACUAAAGUCGCUCAAAACCUGCAAGUUUCCAUUCUUAGAACUUUGAUGGAUCACAGACCAAUAAAACAUACAAGGAAUAGACAAUCAGAAAAUUGUAAUGACAGGAUUUUCUGUUUCAAAAUCCGAGACCCUACAUAUUUUACCGGAUUUCUCGAUGAGUAGAAGAAAGGAUUUUUCAUACAUAUAGGAUCUUUGACAUUUAGUAUCUUCCAAUUACCUACCCCUCCCUGAUCUUACAUAUCUCUAGCAGUAUUAAGUAUAAUGUACCGUGUAUUAGAAUUUCUACCGUAUUACAUAGUUUAACGCGCACAGUUGUAGCUGUAAACAAAACGUUUGAAAUGCUUCAAGAAAAUAUUAAUGAGACAAAAACAUGCCAUAAAAUAUGAUUGAUGUUCACUUAUCUAUUUCUUGAAACAUUUCAAGUGUUUUUCAAAUUCUUUGUAUUUCCAUUCGCAGUUUGAUACAAUUUCACAUCGGAAAAUAUAUUUUCUACAAAUAAUUUUUUACGUAAAAACAGUUUUCAAAAUUGUUAAAACGAAAAAAGAACGAUUUUUAUUUUGAAUAAAUGAUAUUGGCGAAAUUGUGAUGGCAAAUUGUGUGAUAAUUUUUGAAAACGAAAUUGUGGCCUAAUUAUAACUUUUUUAUGGGAUAUCAAAAAGUACAGUCGCCGACAAACCCUCUGAAGAAUUUGAAGCUCAAUACAGACAAAAAACUUCUUAUCCUCUAUCUAUGGCUUAUCUUCUCAGGCAGCCUAGAUCUAUAGAACGUUGCAGCGUUUGUGCCCGACUGUACUAGACUUCGUUAUUGCGUGUGCGCAUACAGGCUUUCUUGCCUUAGCUAAAAACAGACUAAAUAACUGAAAAUCUCCAUUUAUCAGAGGAAUGUUGUGUGUGCACCACAACAAGGCGAAUUUCUUAAGUUGUCUAUGAAUGUUGAGCUGUAUCGAACUAUUAAUAAUUGAAUGUAUUUUAUCAGUAACCGUAGAUUUGUUUAUGGAAAAUAAAGGUUUUUGUAAUCA